CCCGCGCGGGGGCUGCUGCGCUGGUGGCCGAGCCCGGGGCCCGGGCCCGACGCGCCCGGCGCGGAUGCCUGCUCGGUGCCCGUGUCUGAGAUCAUCACCGUGGAGGAAGCAGACGCUCACAAGAAGUGCCACGCCAGUGGCCAGUGGCAGAAGAUGGGACAGCCUUGCGCAUUCACAGUUCACUGUGUGAAGCGAGCUCGACGUCACCGCUGGAAGUGGGCACAGGUGACUUUCUGGAGCACGGACGAGCAGCUGUGUCACCUGUGGCUGCAGACCCUCCGGGAGCUGCUGGAGAGACUGAGUACGUAUGUGUUCAGGCUGGUGAAGGGCAGCUGCGGCAGGCUAGGGGCGCUGCUCCUGCUGAGCCCGCAGCACCACCUCAUGGUGUUGGUGCAGCCAGCUCACAGGUGCAGCCCAGGGCGGGAGCGGCACGUGCUGGUCAGCCUUGGCCUUUUGGACCACUCUGCAUCUGUGUCCAACACAGUGGACUGGGCAGCCCUGCAGUUCCCUGAGGUGGCAGUGGUGCUCGGUACCUUCUGUCUGGGGGUGCGUUCCUGCUGCUCCGGGUCCGACCGCACCUUGGCACCUGAGCCGGUGUGUGAGCUGCCCUGUACACUGCUGCGCGAUGCCCCCAGUGGUCGAGAAGCCGGGCAGAUGCACAUCCUCAUGGGGUUUCUGUGGGGCCCUUUGCCCACUAUCCGUUGGCCUGCUCCUUUCCUCGGUCGUCGAGAAAACAGACACACAAAAGUGUGCCCAUGGUUGAUAGACGUGGGUCAGAGACGGUGGACCAACGUUUGUCUCUACACUUGCGUGUGCUUUGACAUGGCACAAGUGGCCUGGACAGUAGGGGAGGCGGAUAUGGCCGCUGUUAGGUUCCAAGAGAGUCAGACUGGCCUAGUAGGGGGCCUGCCCACCCAGGCCACCCAGUCCCUUCCUGGGGAAUGCUGGGUGGCCCUGCAGGGUUCUGGCCACUGCCCUCGCCGUCCACGUGAGUCACAGCUCACAGGCAUGGACAUAACCUACCAUGUCCCCACAGUGACCGAGCGUGCGAACCAGGCCAAGGAGACCCUGUGUGAGGUCAGCAUGGACAAGUAUGAUGGCAUCGUCUGUGUGGGUGGCGACGGCAUGUUCAGCGAGGUCCUGCACGGUCUGAUCGAGAGGACGCAGAGGAGCGCCGGUGUGGACCAGAACCAGUUCUGCGCCAAGCUGGUGCCCAGCCCCCUCAGGAUCGGCAUCAUCCCCGCAGGGUCGACCGACUGCGUGUGCUACUCCACCGUGGGCACCAACGACGCCGAGACGUCCGCCCUGCACAUCGUGGUCGGGGACUCGCUGUCCAUGGACGUGUCCUCAGUGCACCACAACAACGUGCUGCUGCGGUACUCAGUGUCCCUGCUGGGCUAUGGCUUCUAUGGGGACUUGAUUGAGGACAGUGAGAAGAAGCGGUGGAUGGGACCUGCCAGAUACGACUUUUCAGGUUUGAAGACCUUUCUCUCACAUCACUGCUACGAAGGGACAGUGUCUUUCCUCCCAGCCCAGCACACCACGGGAUCCCCACGGGACCCGAAACCCUGCCGGUCAGGAUGCCUGGUGUGCAGGCAGAGCAGGCAGCAGCUGGAGCAGGAGCAAGCCCUGCGCGGCCCGCCAGACUCCGAGAAGGUGGAGGAGUGGCAUGUCAUCUGCGGGAAGUUUCUGGCCAUUAAUGCCACGAACAUGUCCUGUGCUUGUCCCCGGAGCCCUAGAGGCCUGUCCCCAGCCGCCCACCUGGGAGAUGGGACUUUCGACCUCAUCCUCAUCCGGAAGUGCUCCAGGUUCAACUUCCUGAGAUUCCUCCUCAGGCACACCAACCAGUACGACCAGUUUGACUUCAGUUUUGUUGAAGUCUAUCGCGUGAAGAAAUUCCAGUUCACCUCCAAGUCCCUGGAUGAAGAGGACCACACCCUCAAGGACAGGGGAAAGCAGGGCUUGGGGCAGAUGUGCUGUGACAACCCCGCCUCCUGCUGCUCGGCCCCCCGGAGCUCCUGGAACUGCGACGGGGAGAUUCUGCACGGCUCUGCCAUCGAGGUCAGGGUCCACUGCCAGCUCAUUCAGCUCUUUGCAAGAGGAAUUGAAGAGACGCCUCAGCAGGAGCCCUGCAGCUGAGGGCCGGCCCGCCCCAUGCACAGAGGUGUGAAGACUGUUUAAUGACCACAGACCAAUUAUGUUGAUAUCUACAUUUACAUCUAGAAAUUUAUUUUUGAUAGUUAGAUCUUGAUUUUAGAACAAGAUACGUUUUGUCAACAAUUCUGCAUACACAUCUGGCAUUUGAGUUCCCUGGGAGCUGAGUGGCGCUGCACACAACUGGUUUCUCAGCAUCCAGCGCCACGGGCGUGGGGCCUCGCCUUGGAUAUCAGCGACGCGGACAGCACAGAUGUAAGGUCGGCCCCGAGCGGUUGCAGGGCAAUGACUUUAGGGACACAGGAGGACUUUCCAGGAAUCAGGCCCACCUUCUGGACACAGGGGCCUGUGUCACCGAUCUGCUUUAUAAGAUUCUUCUGGAAUGGUCGAGCAGGUUUGGGAACCAGGUGUUUCUUCAUUUUACUCCACCUUCCCUGUGGUCAGGGCCUUGCCAUCUGGUGAGGGCAACCUCUGACCUUGCAAACCUCCUGGUCUGCUGCCCUCCCAGCUGUGUUUGUGAGACUGUCCAGCGGGCAGCUCCGUGGUGGCUAUGGAGACGGCUGGAAACGCGCUGGUGAGGGCUCGUUCUCCUUAGAGGCAAAACAUGGACAUCGUAUAUGGACACAACGUGCUUAGCACCGCCGGGCUUUCUGGGGAGCAGAAAGCAGUGGGCAUUCCCCAGGGACAUUCGCUUUGACAGGGUGGCCCUGACUCCAGCAGGCUGACCUGGUGCCGGCCUGCAGUCUCCUGCCGUCUCACGCUGACCUCUGUAUCGACAGCUUUGCCGUCCUCAGUGGGACCAGCACAGGGCGUCUCCGCCGUCUCCCCAGCCCUGAGCCAUGAUGGCAGCUUCCCGCUGAGGUCCUGGAGCCAGGGACCAGCCCCCUGCACGCUUCCCACCACUGGGCUCCUGACUGCGCCUGUCCUCCUUGUUUUCGGACUGAUGUGUGACGAGCCCUGUGGAGUGGCACGUGAGGCAGCCCGACCUCUGGCCUGGAGGAGAAGGCACCAACUGUUAGGAGACCGGGGUUCACUGCUGCCGCUGUGGGUGGCUCUUCCACAGGUCCCCAGGUGGCUGCCGCAUCCGACAGAGAGCAUCUGUUUUGGGGAUUCUUUGCGUUGAUUGUAUUUUGAGGCAUACACAAAGCCUCCUGUCUCGUCAUUCGGUCCCUCCUGGGCUUUUCCCGUGGCUUCUGUAUUAGUGGACCGGGUUGGCAACGGCAGCCGUGUGGCAGGAGGGUUCAGGAAGCCAAGGGUGACAGUGGGCAGACUGGGCCUCUGUAUUCAGGUUGGCUCCUGGUUGGGAAGAAACCAGAGAGCCAGAGUGGCAGGUUUUGAGGGGGCGAUGACCGCUUGUGCUCAGCAGCCGACAGGCAGGGGGCACCCUCAGGCCAGGGUGCUCCCAGGAGGUCCCACCUGGGAUGACACUCUGCUUCCCUGGGGCCAUUCCAGAAGGCUCCCGUGGAGGGUCCUGAGGAGGCUGUGGCUGCCCCCGAGAACCGGGCCAUCUUACACGCUUUCCCCAAAGAUUCGGAGUCGUGAUCCUGUGAAAUGCUUCCCAGGGCCUGGUCCGCCCAGAGCCCCUUGCCAACCUCGGAGGAUGACCGAGGCAGGAGAUGCUGCGGUGGAACGUACCAGUGGCAAGCUGAUUUUAUCACCUGGGACUGCACAGGGGGCUGUGGCAGAUGCCCCCAAAGCCCCAUUGGGACUGCACGCAGGACGGAGGCAGCCUCUGCCAUUCCCACCAAAGGGCUCCGUCUUCCAGGAGGCCUCACGGCCACCCCAAGCCCUGGACUUGGGGACUUGAACAGAAGAACACCAGAAGUGAUGGGAGACAGUGAAAACUUGGGACCCCCGAGACUUCCUCUGUGGCUUGUUGCUGUGAAACAAUCAGGCAGCAGUUCUGCCCCGUGGCUGAGGGUUCAAAUCGAGAAGUGGGGGCGGGCAGUGCGGCUUCUUCCCAAGCCCCCGCAGCUGGGAACGCCGUGGAGAGGGCUUAAUUUUCUGCCUAAUCUUGCUGGUUUCAAGAUUAGUAAAUAGCAUAUUUGAUCUGAUAUGUUUGAGAAGACAAAAAUAAAGUUACUUUGGGCAGAA